UCUGCAGCCAGACUCUGGAAGUAAACGGCGAGAGCUAUCUGCUUGCUGCAAACACUGAUUCAGUUUUAAAAGGCGUGGCUUAUGUCAAAAGAGAAAGUGUUCUGCAAAGAGGAUUCAAAAUGAAAAGAAAUCUCUCUGCUGAAGCCAUACCAGAAAAAGUCAAUGAGAAAAAAAGAAAUCGUUUUGCAGAGAAAAAGAAGGCGCAACGCACAAAAGACCAACCGGCAGAACAAGACAUGUCCGCCAACACAGAUUUACCUCAGCAUUCGGAUAUAAAGGUCUAUCAGGAGGUGAUAAGAUAUGAAUCCGCUCCUCUGUCAGCACGACACCAUGACAGAAAGACCACUGAACCAAUCAGUUUCUUUCUUUCCAACUUGGAGGAGUUGCUGUCUUGGAAACCCACAAAUCAUGAUGCGUUUAAUAUCUCUGUAACCCAUCUGGCUAAAAGACAUCCACCAAUUGUAAACCAGAGACCCAAGACACUCAUCUGCCAUGAUAUGAAGGGAGGAUAUCUGGAGGACAGAUUUAUCCAAGGCUCAGAUGCAAGGGAUCCAUACGUAUUCUAUCACUGGCAACACAUUGAUAUUUUUGUGUACUUCAGCCACCAAAUGUUCACACUACCACCUGUGUCCUGGACAAAUGCUGCACACAAACAUGGAGUGAGCGUCCUUGGAACCUUUAUCACCGAAUGGGAUGAAGGAGGUAAAACGUGCGAAUCUUUUUUGGCUGGCGAGGAAUCUACAUAUCGAGCAGUUGCAGAUCAGAUGGUUCGACUAGCAGAAUUCUAUCGGUUUGAUGGAUGGCUGGUCAACAUUGAGAAUGUGUUGAGUCCUGUUGCAGUUUCUAGAGUUCCUCUGUUCCUGCACUACCUGACCGAGCAGCUGCACCAGAGGGUACCCAGUGGCCUAGUCCUGUGGUAUGACAGUGUUGUCAAGGAAGGGGAAUUAAAGUGGCAAAAUGAGCUUAAUGACAAUAACCGACCGUUUUUUGACGCCUGUGAUGGGAUUUUCACCAACUAUAACUGGAAAGAGGAACACUUGGAGCGCAUGGCGCAGGAGUCCAGGCGGACAGAUGUGUACAUUGGGGUGGAUGUUUUUGGCCGAGGGGAAGUUGUAGGAGGAAAGUUUGAUACCGUCAAGUCUUUUCAGAUGAUCCGAAAAUAUGGCCUCUCGGCUGCUUUGUUUGCUCCGGGCUGGGUGUACGAGUGUUUAGAAAAAGAAGAAUUCCUGGAGAACCAACACAAGUUCUGGUCUCUAUUGGAAAAUUAUCUCCCCUCACACAGUCUCUGCUCACUGCCCCUCUGCUCGUCGUUCUGUGUUGGACGUGGAAAUAAACGAUUCUCCUAUGGGGAGGGAGAAGACAUUGGUCCUUGGUGUAACCUAAGUGCACAGGAGCUGCAGCCAAUUUUCUCAGAAGUGUCACUGGCUGAGGAUGGUGGAGGCCAUGUGAGAACUCGCAUUUGUCCACAGGACGCCUGGCAUGGAGGCAACUCCCUCCUUAUCGAUGGCACCUUACCAGCGGGAAUGGAUGGGGUUACCGUAAGGCUGUUCUCCCUACAUGUCCCAGCACCCCCAAAGCUUUUGCUGUCCAUGGUUUACAAGCUGGAAGGAAGUCCGAAUAUUUCAGUGUCACUGGAGCUCAGCACGCAAGAUGCCCCAUCCUGCAGUAUUGAGAGAAUAAUGGGGAUAUCCGAGCAGGUUAAAGUACAGAAACUUCAGCCCCUCUCGGAGCCUCCUGUCCACCUCGCAGACACUGCGCAAGACGGGAAAAGUAGCUGGGAGCAAAGGUACUAUGAGGUAGAGCUGAGUGGAUGCACCCUCACCAAACUUUCCAUCCACUUGUCCCGUCUGACAGUUGUUGAGCAGGCUGAGAACUUCAAGUGUCUCCUAGGAGAGAUCAGGGUUCUGGAUGUCUCUGAAGCUCCUUCCAUUCCCCCACAACCCUCAUCUCUGACGCUGUCUCUUCUACGCUGGCACAGAGAUCCAGAGACCAAGAAGCUAUUUGUCAGUCUUACACUGCGUUGGGUCCACCCUGUGGGCAGUGCCAGCCACUUUCGCAUAUACUGCCGCGGUGUCACCUGCCACAUGGCUCCGCCUUCCCAGGCUCACUUCCUUGGUCUGGCACAUGCUUGUAUCUACCGUGUGGUUGAUCUGGCAGUGCCUGAUCCCUGUCCCCCUGCUCCAGGGCGGCUGGAAUUUGCAGUUCAGCCAGUUAGUAAGGACAGAAUUGGACCUUUACCACCUUUCUGGGGUCAACUGGUGCUAGAAUAUAGUGAGGAGACACACACUGAGGUAUAAAGUUGUGUAUCCGGUUUAGAUUUUGUCUGAAAAACUGAAUUUAUGUUUGAAAGAUCAGACUGGCAAUUUGCCAUCCCAAUACGUGCAGAACUUAUUCUGAACAUACCACUGACCAUGUUAAGUGAUUGUAUUAAUGCAGUUACUAGGGUGUAGGAGAUAUCAAAACAUUACAUCUAUAAUAUUUCUUCUAAUGAUUUUUCAAGCAGGAAUUACUAAAAUGUAUGCUCCCAAAUACAGAGACCCACUGAUUGGCACAGAGUGUCACAUAUGUCCUGUUUGUAGGAUGAGAUCAUCAGAGUGAUAUCACAGGGAUAAUCUGUUAUUAGCAAAAACAAACAGUUUAAAGGAACAGCAAAGUCAAAAUUAAAAUGUCAUGAUUUGGAUAGAGCAUGUCAUUUUUAAACAACUUUCCAAUUUACUAUCAAAUGUAAUGAAUUCUCUUGGUAACUUUUGUUGAAGAGUAAACCUAGGUAGGUUCAGGGACAGCAAUUCACUACUGGAAGCUUGCUUUUUGGUGGUUAAACACAUAUGCCUCUUGUCAUUUGCUCACCAGAUGUAUUCAGCUAGCUCUUAGUAGUGCAUUGCUGCUCCUGAGCCUACCUUUUAGACAAAGGAUAGCAAGAGAGCAAAGCAAAUUUGAUGAGAAAAAAACUGGAAAGUUGUUUAAAAUUCUGUGCUCUAUCUUAAUUGUAAAUGUUUAAUUUUUACUUCACUAUCCUUUUAAAGUUUAGCCAAUUCUGGUGAGUGCUGCUGUUUUUCUUAAACUGUUUAGCCAAUUCUGGGCCAGAUUACAUGUGGCGCGCUACAUUUUUUUUUCUUUUCUCAAGUUGAAAGUAAGUUGUUUGCGCAUGAGCGAAACCCGAUGCACACUAACUUCCAGACUUCGGAUAUCAUGACAGUGUUAAUUUAUUUUCCCCAUAGACUUCAAUGGAGCAUGCAGAACAAAAUAAAAAAUAAUAAUGAUCACUCGCACCCUAACCCGACACUGAAUUAGACCAACUGCUCUAAACCCGAAGGUAGUUAUGAAUAUUUAACAUUCCAAUGCUCUUCACAAAGAAGAAGAAAAAAAAACAAAACAAUGAGAAAAUAAAUAUAUAUAUAUAUAUAUAUAUAUAUAUAUAUAUAUAUAUAUAUAUAUAUAUAUAUAUAUAUAUAUAUAGUAAAGAAGGAUGCACUCACCGGGACUUAGCAAAAUAUUGUAAUUUAAUACAAAUCUUAUACAGUGACGUUUCGGGGUAAUAAGCCCGUCCUCAGACCAUAAUGUGUAGCUUAAAAUAAGUGAAAUAUAUACUUUACCCUCCACCAAGCGUGAACUGCCGAAACCGGAAGUGGCCAUGGCGUUCUCCCUGCACCACUGCGCAGGUCCGGGGGUAGCCAUGGUAACCGGUGUAUAUACAAAUGUUGAUUGGAAUAGCAGUGUUAGUCCAAAGGGCCCCAAAGUGUAUAUAUAAGUGUAUAUAUGUAUAAACGUGUAUAUAUGUAUGUAUAUACAUAUAUAAACACAUAAAUACACAUAUAUAUAUGUAUACACACACUUAUACAUACAUACACACAUAUAUAUAUAUAUAUAUAUAUAUAUAUAUAUAUAUAUAUAUAUAUAUACACACACACACACACGUGUUUAUUUUCAACUUGUAAUACACGCGCAAGUUAGCACUGUCACAAUAUUGGUUAUCGCAACCUGCACUGAUGGUAGCGUGCAAAUUGUAAUCUAGCCCUCUGUCUUGGAGCCAGUGGUAUGUUCACUCUUGUUUAUGUUUUUUUCAGUGAUUUGUAAAGUGCUGUAAACAGAGUGCUUUUAUGAAAUGUGCUGCCCUAGUACUCAAGAUAACUGAGGAACAGAUUGAACUGAUAUAAUUAAAAAAAAAAUAAAAAAAACUUUGUAUUUUUAUCAGCCA